UGCCGCGGGGGCGGAGGUGGCAAGGGAGGGGGGCGCCCAUUGUUGGGGCGGGUACUUAAGGGGUCCUGAGGCCGGUCGUGUGCCACACUCGGUACUCACACGAGCUGAUCUGCUCGCCGGCGAGAUCACUCGGGAGACCGGCCGGGAGCGUGGCCCCUGCAGACCAGACGAGGCGAGGCGAGGCGAGGCGAGGAGGUGAAGCCAAGCUUCAGGAACCCUCUACCUGCCCGUCGGUCCUGCUCCACGCAACGAUGCCAGCCCGUCUGGAGACCUGCCUCUCGGACCUCGACUGCACCACCAGCAGCGGCAGCCUCAGCAGCAGCAGCAGCAGCAGCAGCAGCAGCAGCAGCAGCGACCUAUCCGGCUUCCUCACCGACGAGGAGGACUGUGCCAGGCUCCAACCACCAGCUUCUGCCUCGGGGACGCCCGUGCCAGCGCGCAGAGGCGCUCCCGGGGUUCCUGCGGCCUCCGAUACUCCCCGGGCGCAGGAUGACGAGCAGGAGCGGCGACGGCGCAGGGGCCGAGCGCGUGUGCGCUCCGAGGCGCUGCUGCAUUCGCUGCGCAGGAGCCGGCGUGUCAAGGCCAAUGACCGCGAGCGCAACCGCAUGCACAACUUGAACGCGGCGCUGGAUGCGCUGCGCAGCGUGCUGCCGUCCUUCCCCGACGACACGAAGCUCACCAAGAUCGAGACGCUGCGCUUCGCCUAUAACUACAUCUGGGCUCUGGCAGAGACUCUGCGCCUAGCCGACCAGGGAUUGCCCGGGGGCGGUGCCCGGGAGCGCCUCCUGCCGCCGCAGUGCUCCCCCUGCCUGCCCGGGCCCCCGAGCCCCUCCAGCGACGCCGAGUCCUGGGCCUCCGGGGCCGCCGCCUCCCCCUGCGCCGCCGCCGCCUCGCCACUGUCUGACCCCAGUAGCCCCGCCGCCUCGGAAGACUUCGGCUACGGCCCCGGCGACCCCCUUUUCUCCUUCCCCGGCCUGCCCAAAGACUUGCUCCACACGACGCCCUGUUUCAUCCCUUACCACUAGGCCCUUCGGGAACACCAUUACCUUCUCCCUCCCUCAGGCAACAGGCAGUAGAUGGAGCCCCAGCUGCAGUCUCAGGAGCCCCCAGUCCGGGCGGAGGGAGGAAGCAGGAGCUUUAAAGGGGUGGGAGAUACCUGAGCCGCUUGUUAGGUCGCUGCACCCUCGCCGUGACUGCCCCUUGGUCUGUUUCUCCAGCCCUCAGCCCCCGGCCCCUCCUGCCCACCCUUAGACGGCCUUUCCUUUUGCACUUUCUGAACUCCACAAAACCUCCUUUGUGGCUGGCUCAGAGCUGACCCCAGCCACCACUUCAGUGUGAUUUAGAAAAGGGACAGAUCAGCCCCUGAAGACGAGGUGAAAAGUCAAUUUUACAAUUUGUAGAACUCUAAUGAAGAAAAACGAGCAUGAAAAUUCGGUUUGAGCCGGCUGACAAUACAAUGAAAAGGCUUAAAAAGGAGAGACAAGGAGUGGGCUUCAUGCAUUAUGGAUCCCGACCCCCACCACUGCAGGCUUGCUCUAGGAAGAACCCAAGACUUGCGUAGCUAUUCAGGCACCAGGCUGGAAAGUACUUUAAUUUAUUCAAGAUGCUUCUUUCAUAUGAAAAUGUAUUUUUGUACAUAAAGAGUUUAUUCUAUUAUUAUGAGCUAUCAAAGUUUACAUUUUUGUACUGCAGAUGUUUUGUGUAAAUAAAA